UUCCGGAAAUACGUCAGAAACGUGUCACUAAGACAGCCGGUAGUGUAACCUAACCGUUGUAAUCACUUUGAAAUGUUAUAACAAUAUAAGCAAGGAUCUACAGCUGUUAUAACCUACAGAGAAAUAAACACAAGAAAAUUAAAUUAUUUAUAAAUAUUCUGUAUUAUGGAGGAGCAGAAUUUUUCUAUUGAUAUCAAUACUGGAAAAUUAUUGGAAUGGUUAAUUAGCAGGCGGCAUUGUAAUAAAGAUUGGCAUACUAAAGUUUUAAUUCUCAGAGAAAAAAUUAAUAAUGCAAUUCAGGAUAUGCCUGAACACGAUGGUAUUACUAAAUUAUUAUCUGGAACAUACAUAAAUUAUUUUCAUUGUUUAAAAAUAAUAGAAAUAUUAAAGGAAACUGAGGCAGACACAAAGAAUGUUUUUGGAAGAUAUGGAUCACAGAGAAUGAAAGACUGGCAGGAAAUAGUAAAAGGAUAUGAGAAAGAAAAUUUGUAUCUUGCAGAAAUCGCCCAAAUCCUUAUUAGAAAUGUUAAUUAUGAAGUUCCUAGUAUUAAGAAACAAAUUCAAAAAUUAGAACAAAUGCAAGUUGACUUAGAAAAGAAAGAGGCAGAGUAUAAAAAAUCGGAGAAUACAGCUCGGUCAGAAUUUAAUUCACUUUGCAAACAAUUAGGCAUUCCUGGUCAUCACGUUAAACAAGAACUAGCAGAGAAAUUGAAAGAACUUCCAGAAAUUUAUGAGAGAAUUGCAGAGAAAGCGAAAUCGUUACAAAAGGCUGUAGAGUUCUACAGUGGUUUUGUUAAUUAUACUCUAGGUAGACAGCAUGAUGGUGGCUGUGUUUCCAUGCUGAAAUAUGUUAUUGACAAAGGAAAUACUACCACAUAUGAAUGGAUUUAUGGGGAACCUCCUUUAUCAGUUAGUGAACCAUCUUUAGAUAUAAAUACCGAUGAUCAUGAUAUGGAAAAACAGAAAAUUGAGGAGGUUGAAAAUAUUGGAAUUGAUUUCGGCGAUAUUGACCUAAACGGGGGUGUAAAUUUUGAUGGUGAUAUUAAUUUGGAAGAUAGCGGUGAAAUUGAUUGGGGCGAUGGAAAUGUGGAAGAAGUUGCACCUGGAGAUAUAGAUUAUAAUGUUUCUUUGGAAGAAUCUGGUAUAGUUGUAGAAGCAGCUGGUCAUGAAGGUGGAAUAGCUACUGGUACUGAUGCGUACACAGUACUCGAUAAUCCAUCCACUAGAAACGAUUUUAUGGAUCAAUUAUUUGAACUGGAAGCAUUCCUUAAAUUACGAUUGUACGAAUUAAAAAUGGAUGACAGUAUGAACUUCUUAAGCUUUAGUCAGUUUCAAGACUCAUCUUCUGUUCUGCAAUAUUCCACCUUAGAAAAUACUCAGAAUAUGUUAGACAAUGUACAAGUUGUUUUAUCUCAGGUGUUGGAUACAAAAGUUCAACACCUACAUAACAUUAAACACUCUGCUAGAUACAUGGAUGUACUAGCUGCAACCUUGAAACAGAAAUUAAGUUUAAUCGACAAAAUGAUAGCUUUACAAGAUGCUAUGAAACAAAAGAGGAAAAAUGCUGCAGAAGAAGCGGAGUCUCUUCAACCUCUCUUACAACGCCUUAUACAAAGAACAAAGGAAUUACAAACACAGAUAGAGCAAGAUAUUUCAAAGAAAUACAAAAACAGAGUUGUACAUUUAACUGGGGGCAUAAGUACUUUGUAAAUAAUUCCUUUUGUAAAAUAAGUGGUGUUAAUGGUACUGUUUUCUGUAUAAAGUUUAUUAUACAAAGAUUUAUAUUUCAAUAUAUUCUAAUGCUCUUACCGAUGUAUUAAAGAUAAAAUAUAUUCUAAGGAAACAUUGUUUUAAUAUACGCUUCGUGUUUCGGAUUUCCUACAUUAGAAACAAAUUUUAUAUCUUCACUUAUGUACAGGUGUUACGCGUUUACGAAAGGGUAUUCGUAUUAUCUUUGGCAUGUUAAUCUAAUUCAUAAACUCAUUUCCAAUUCUAGUACUUAUGCUUAAGAAUUCCGUCGAUAAUUACAUAGUCAUAAAAAGAUUUUGUACCAAUCUCCAAGGCGACGAAGUACAUACAGCUUUAGUCGUUGGGCAAGGAUAACGUCUCAAA